AUGGCGCCGGGAAUACUUUUUUACUUCUUGGCUUUGCUAGUCUUAACAAAGGCUAGUGAAGACGCAUCUGCAACUAGAGCGUUAAUCCGAGAAGCUCGACAAUACAAUAACUACGGCGACAAUAGCAAAGAAACUGUAGUAGACAUCGAAGACGACGAAAAGAAACAGUAUUACGAAACCAAUUAUGAUACAAAUGCGUAUGGAUUUGGUUAUGAUGUCGGUCCAAAUGGACAGUUUCACCAUGAAAACCGAGGUCCCGAUGGAGUAACUUACGGUUGCUACGGCUACGUUGACCCCGAACUCAUGCUGCGCGUUACACACUAUGUAGCUGACAGUCAUGGUUACAGAGUAAUUGAACCCGGAAAACCUGUUGAAGUUUACCCCGACGAAAAUCACGAAUACGAUGAAAACUCAUCAGCACCAAACAACCUACCUGGUGUAAUUGUACCGUGGAACAAGCUAUAUUUACCGAAAGGAUGCGGCAGAACUCCAGGCGGAGUUCCCGCUAAACCGUUACCGAAACCGAAACCGAAACCGCAACCUUCCCGCCCUGCCACUGACAGUACUAGCCAAACCAGCAAUCAAAAACCUGAUAUCGUUUAUCCAGGUGGAUACUAUCCUGGUUCUGCUGGUACUCCAGGAUCACCAGGCACUCCCGGUAGCCCCGGUAGCUCUGGCACACCUGGUUCACCAGGCAGUCCUGGAGGUCCCGGAGGGCCAGAUGGCCCAGGUGGACCUGGAAGUCAAACUGGAUACUAUCCAGGAUCAGGAAACGUGCCAUCCGGACCUAGUGGACCAAUCGGACCAAGUGGAUCAGGUGGUUAUUAUCCUGGUACACCCGGAUCUCCAGGCUUACCUGGAUCUCCAGGCAUGCCCGGAACUCCAGGUGGUCCUGGUGGUCCUGGUGGUCCUGGAGGUCCUGGAGGGCCUGGUGGCCCCGGCGGCCCUGGCGGUCCUAGCAGCCCAGGAAACCAUGGUUCUGGUAGCGGACAUUAUCCAGGUCAAAGUGGACCUGGUGGACCAAAUGGGCCAUCCGGUCUUGGUGGACCUAACGGACCAAAUGGACCUAGUGGUCCUAACGGGUCAGUAGGACCUAGUGGACCAGUCGGACCUAGUGGACCAAUCGGACCCAGUGGAUCAGGUGGUUAUUAUCCUGGUACACCCGGAUCUCCAGGCAUCCCCGGAUCUCCAGGCAUGCCCGGAUCUCCAGGUGGUCCUGGUGGUCCUGGUGGUCCUGGAGGUCCUGGAGGGCCUGGUGGCCCCGGAGGCCCUGGCGGUCCUAGCAGCCCAGGAAACCAUGGUUCUGGUAGCGGACAUUAUCCAGGUCAAAGUGGACAUGGUGUACCAAAUGGACCAGGUGGGCCAAGUGGAUCUGAUGGACAAGGUUCAUGGCAAGGCGGUCAAGGUGGUUAUUAUCCAGGUCCGCCUGGUACUCCGAAUAGCCCCGGAACAGCUAGUUCUCCAGGAACUCCUGGAGGUACUGGAGGUCAUGGAAGCCCUAGUGGUCCUGGUUCUGGUGGAUACUAUCCAGGACAAGGUGAAACAUAUUACCCUGGUCAGCCAGGUAGACCAGGAAGUCCAGGAAGCCCGGGUGGACCGGGUGGUCCUGGUGGCCCUGGUGGCCCAGGUGGACCAAGUGGAUCUACUUACCCUACUGGGCCAGGAAAACCAGGUCGACCAGGAUACCCCGGCAGCCCUAACCAACCCGGUAUGCCAGGUCAGCCCGGUACUUCUGAACAACCAGGAUACCCAGGUGGCAUCGGUGAACCAGAUCAACCCGGCCACCCAGGACAACCAGGAUACCCAGGUCAGCCAGGAUACCCAGAAAAUCCAGGAUUACCAGGCGGUCCUAGCCAUCCCGGACAGCCAGGUCAGCCCGGCACUUCAGGACAACCAAGCCAACCUGGCCAACCAGGACAACCGGGAUACCCAGGUCAGCAAGGAUACCCAGGUCAGCCCGGCCAACCAGGACAAAUAGGAAAACCAGGCCAGCCAGGAUACCCAGGACAGCCCGGCACACCAGGAAAACCAGGCCAGCCAGGAUACCCAGAAAACCCAGGAUUACCAGGCGGCCCUAGCCAUCCCGGACAGCCAGGUGAGCCCGGCCAUUCAGGACAACCAGGAAAACCAGGCCAGCCAGGAUACCCAGAAAAUCCAGGAUUACCAGGCGGCCCAGGCCAAACCGGACAACCAGGAUACCCAGGUCAGCCAGGAUACCCAGGUCAGCCCGGCCAACCAGGACAACCGGGAUAUCCAGGCCAGCCAGGAUUCCCAGGUCAGCACGGCACACCAGGACACCCAGAUCAUCCCGGUACACCAGGAAAACCAGGCCAACCAGGAUACCCAGGUCAGCCCGGCCAACCAGGACAACCAGGAAAACCAGGCCAGCCAGGAUACCCAGAAAAUCCAGGAUUACCAGGCGGCCCAGGCCAACCCGGAACCCCAGGAUACCCAGGUCAGCCCGGCCAACCAGGACAACCAGGGAAACCAGGCCAGCCAGGAUACCCAGGUCAGUCCGGCACACCAGGAUACCCAGGUCAGCCCGGCCAACCAGGACAACCGGGAUAUCCAGGCCAGCCAGGAUACCCAGGUCAGUCCGGCACACCAGGACACCCAGAUCAGCCCGGCACACCAGGACAACCAGGAAAACCAGGCCAGCCAGGAUACCCAGGUCAGUCCGGCACACCAGGACAAUCAGGAUACCCAGGCCAGCAAGGAUUCCCAGGUCAGCCCGGCCAACCAGGACAACCAGGAAAACCAGGCCAGCCAGGAUACCCAGGUCAGCCCGGCCAACCAGGACAACCAGGAAAACCAGGCCAGCCAGGAUACCCAGAAAAUCCAGGAUUACCAGGCGGCCCUAGCCAUCCCGGACAGCCAGGUCAGCCCGGCACUUCAGGACAACCAAGCCAGCCUGGCCAACCAGGACAACCAGGAUACCCAGGUCAGUCCGGCACACCAGGAUACCCAGGUCAGCCCGGCCAACCAGGACAACCAGGAUACCCAGGUCAGCCAGGAUCCCCAGGUCAGCCCGGCCAACCAGGACAACCAGGAAAACCAGGCCAGCCAGGAUACCCAGAAAAUCCAGGAUUACCAGGCGGCCCAGGCCAACCCGAACAACCAGGAUACCCAGGUCAGCCCGGCCAACCAGGGCAACCGGGAUAUCCAGGCCAGCCAGGAUACCCAGGUCAGUCCGGCACACCAGGACAACCAGGAAAACCAGGCCAGCCAGGAUACCCAGGUCAGUCCGGCACACCAGGAUACCCAGGUGAGCCCGGCCAACCAGGACAACCAGGAUACCCAGGUCAGCCAGGAUACCCAGGUCAGCCCGGCCAACCAGGACAACCAGGAAAACCAGGCCAGCCAGGAUACCCAGGUCAGCCCGGCCAACCAGGACAACCAGGAUACCCAGGUCAGCCCGGCAAACCAGGACAACCAGGAAAACCAGGCCAGCCAGGAUACCCAGGUCAGUCCGGCACACCAGGAUACCCAGGUGAGCCCGGCCAACCAGGACAACCAGGAAAACCAGGCCAGCCAGGAUACCCAGGUCAGCCCGGCCAACCAGGACAACCAGGAAAACCAGGCCAGCCAGGAUACCCAGGUCAGCCCGGCCAACCAGGACAACCAGGAUACCCAGGUCAGCCAGGAUACCCAGGUCAGCCCGGCCAACCAGGACAACCAGGAAAACCAGGCCAGCCAGGAUACCCAGAAAAUCCAGGAUUACCAGGCGGCCCAGGCCAAUCCGGACAACCAGGACACCCAGAUCAGCCCGGCACACCAGGACAACCAGGAAAACCAGGCCAGCCAGGAUACCCAGGUCAGUCCGGCACACCAGGAUACCCAGGUGAACCUGGCCAACCAGGACAACCAGGAUACCCAGGUCAGCCAGGAUCCCCAGGUCAGCCCGGCCAACCAGGACAACCAGGAAAACCAGGCCAGCCAGGAUACCCAGGUCAGCCCGGCCAACCAGGACAACCAGGAUAUCCAGGCCAGCCAGGAUACCCAGGUCAGUCCGGCACACCAGGACACCCAGAUCAGCCCGGCACACCAGGACAACCAGGAAAACCAGGCCAGCCAGGAUACCCAGGUCAGCCCGGCCAACCAGGACAACCAGGAAAACCAGGCCAGCCAGGAUACCCAGGUCAGUCCGGCACACCAGGAUACCCAGGUCAGCCCGGCCAACCAGGACAACCGGGAUAUCCAGGUCAGCCAGGAUACCCAAGUCAGCCCGGCCAACCAGGACAACCAGGAAAACCAGGCCAGCCAGGAUACCCAGAAAAUCCAGGAUUACCAGGCGGCCCAGGCCAACCCGGACAACCAGGACACCCAGAUCAGCCCGGCACACCAGGACAACCAGGAAAACCAGGCCAGCCAGGAUACCCAGAAAAUCCAGGAUUACCAGGCGGCCCAGGCCAACACGGACAACCAGGAUACCCAGGUCAGCCCGGCCAACCAGGACAACCAGGAAAACCAGGCCAGCCAGGAUACCCAGGUCAGUCCGGCACACCAGGAUACCCAGGUCAGCCCGGCCAACCAGGACAACCGGGAUAUCCAGGCCAGCCAGGAUACCCAGGUCAGUCCGGCACACCAGGACACCCAGAUCAGCCUGGCACACCAGGACAACCAGGAAAACCAGGCCAGCCAGGAUACCCAGGUCAGUCCGGCACACCAGGACACCCAGAUCAGCCCGGCUCACCAGGACAACCAGGAAAACCAGGCCAGCCAGGAUACCCAGAAAAUCCAGGAUUACCAGGCGGCCCAGGCCAACCCGGACAACCAGGACACCCAGAUCAGCCCGGCACACCAGGACAACCAGGAAAACCAGGCCAGCCAGGAUACCCAGAAAAUCCAGGAUUACCAGGCGGCCCAGGCCAACACGGACAACCAGGAUACCCAGGUCAGCCCGGCCAACCAGGACAACCAGGAAAACCAGGCCAGCCAGGAUACCCAGGUCAGUCCGGCACACCAGGAUACCCAGGUCAGCCCGGCCAACCAGGACAACCGGGAUAUCCAGGCCAGCCAGGAUACCCAGGUCAGUCCGGCACACCAGGACACCCAGAUCAGCCUGGCACACCAGGACAACCAGGAAAACCAGGCCAGCCAGGAUACCCAGGUCAGUCCGGCACACCAGGACACCCAGAUCAGCCCGGCUCACCAGGACAACCAGGAAAACCAGGCCAGCCAGGAUACCCAGGUCAGUCCGGCACACCAGGAUACCCAGGUGAGCCCGGCCAACCAGGACAACCAGGAUACCCAGGUCAGCCAGGAUACCCAGGUCAGCCCGGCCAACCAGGACAACCAGGAAAACCAGGCCAGCCAGGAUACCCAGGUCAGUCCGGCACACCAGGAUACCCAGGUGAGCCCGGCCAACCAGGACAACCAGGAUACCCAGGUCAGCCAGGAUACCCAGGUCAGCCCGGCCAACCAGGACAACCAGGAAAACCAGGCCAGCCAGGAUACCCAGAAAAUCCAGUAUUACCAGGCGGCCCAGGCCAACCUGGACAACCAGGACACCCAGAUCAGCCCGGCACACCAGGACAACCAGGAAAACCAGGCCAGCCAGGAUACCCAGGUCAGUCCGGCACACCAGGAUACCCAGGUGAGCCCGGCCAACCAGGACAACCGGGAUACCCAGGUCAGCCAGGAUACCCAAGUCAGCCCGCCCAACCAGGACAACCAGGAAAACCAGGCCAGCCAGGAUACCCAGGUCAGUCCGGCACACCAGAACACCCAGAUCAGCCCGGCACACCAGGACAACCAGGAAAACCAGGCCAGCCAGGAUACCCAGGUCAGCCCGGCCAACCAGGACAACCAGGAAAACCAGGCCAGCCAGGAUACCCAGAAAAUCCAGUAUUACCAGGCGGCCCAGGCCAACCUGGACAACCAGGACACCCAGAUCAGCCCGGCACACCAGGAGAACCAGGAAAACCAGGCCAGCCAGGAUACCCAGGUCAGUCCGGCACACCAGGAUACCCAGGUCAGCCCGGCCAACCAGGACAACCAGGAAAACCAGGCCAGCCAGGAUACCCAGGUCAGUCCGGCACACCAGGAUACCCAGGUGAGCCCGGCCAACCAGGACAACCAGGAUACCCAGGUCAGCCAGGAUACCCAGGUCAGCCCGGCCAACCAGGACAACCAGGAAAACCAGGCCAGCCAGGAUACCCAGAAAAUCCAGGAUUACCAGGCGGCCCUAGCCAUCCCGGACAGCCAGGUCAGCCCGGCACUUCAGGACAACCAAGCCAGCCUGGCCAACCAGGACAACCAGGAUACCCAGGUCAGUCCGGCACACCAGGAUACCCAGGUCAGCCCGGCCAACAAGGACAACCGGGAUAUCCAGGCCAGCCAGGAUACCCAGGUCAGUCCGGCACACCAGGACACCCAGAUCAGCCCGGCCAACCAGGACAACCAGGAAAACCAGGCCAGCCAGGAUACCCAGAAAAUCCAGUAUUACCAGGCGGCCCAGGCCAACCCGAACAACCAGGAUACCCAGGUCAGCCCGGCCAACCAGGACAACCAGGAAAACCAGGCCAGCCAGGAUACCCAGGUCAGUCCGGCACACCAGGAUACCCAGGUCAGCCCGGCCAACCAGGACAACCGGGAUAUCCAGGCCAGCCAGGAUACCCAGGUCAGUCCGGCACACCAGGAUACCCAGAUGAGCCCGGCCAACCAGGACAACCAGGAUACCCAGGUCAGCCAGGAUACCCAGGUCAGCCCGGCCAACCAGGACAACCAGGAAAACCAGGCCAGCCAGGAUACCCAGAAAAUCCAGGAUUACCAGGCGGCCCUAGCCAUCCCGGACAGCCAGGUCAGCCCGGCACUUCAGGACAACCAAGCCAGCCUGGCCAACCAGGACAACCAGGAUACCCAGGUCAGUCCGGCACACCAGGAUACCCAGGUCAGCCCGGCCAACCAGGACAACCGGGAUAUCCAGGCCAGCCAGGAUACCCAGGUCAGUCCGGCACACCAGGACACCCAGAUCAGCCCGGCACACCAGGACAACCAGGAAAACCAGGCCAGCCAGGAUACCCAGAAAAUCCAGUAUUACCAGGCGGCCCAGACCAACCCGGACAACCAGGAUACCCAGGUCAGCCCGGCCAACCAGGACAACCAGGAAAACCAGGCCAGCCAGGAUACCCAGGUCAAUCCGGCACACCAGGAUAUCCAGGUCAGCCCGGCCAACCAGGACAACCGGGAUAUCCAGGCCAGCCAGGAUACCCAGGUCAGUCCGGCACACCAGGAUACCCAGAUGAGCCCGGCCAACCAGGACAACCAGGAUACCCAGGUCAGCCAGGAUACCCAGGUCAGCCCGGCCAACCAGGACAACCAGGAAAACCAGGCCAGCCAGGAUACCCAGAAAAUCCAGGAUUACCAGGCGGCCCUAGCCAUCCCGGACAGCCAGGUCAGCCCGGCACUUCAGGACAACCAAGCCAGCCUGGCCAACCAGGACAACCGGGAUACCCAGGUCAGCCAGGAUACCCAAGUCAGCCCGCCCAACCAGGACAACCAGGAAAACCAGGCCAGCCAGGAUACCCAGGUCAGUCCGGCACACCAGGAUACCCAGGUGAGCCCGGCCAACCAGGACAACCGGGAUACCCAGGUCAGCCAGGAUACCCAGGUCAGCCCGCCCAACCAGGACAACCAGGAAAACCAGGCCAGCCAGGAUACCCAGGUCAGUCCGGCACACCAGGAUACCCAGGUGAGCCCGGCCAACCAGGACAACCGGGAUAUCCAGGCCAGCCGGGAUACCCAGGUCAGUCCGGCACACCAGGAUACCCAGGUCAGCCCGGCCAACCAGGACAACCGGGAAAACCAGGCCAACCAGGAUACCCAGGUCAGCCAGGAUACCCAGGUCAGCCCGCCCAACCAGGACAACCAAGCCGCCCAGGAUAUCCAAGCGGCCCCAGUCAACAAGGUUACCCAGGCAGCCCCGGCCAAUCAAACCAACAAAAUCAACCUGGUCUUCAGGGACAACCAGAUUCUAACGGUGGUGACUCUCUUGGCCAACCAACAGGGACAGGAGUGCAACCUCCUGUUUAUCCACCUUCAAGUCAGAUGCCACCAUUUCCCAUUUAUGUCAUACCAUACCCACUGCCUAUCGUACCAAGCCCUGCAACAUGUCCAUGCUAUCUCUUGAAUCCCGGACAAAAUAACUCAAAUGCGGUUUCACAAACGCAAACUAAUAAUCAAAACAACCAAGGUUACAGUCCAUAUGGCAUAAUUGGAUUUAUACCUGUCGUGUUCGUGCCAAACUGUCCAGGAAAUUACACUGAAAUGCAAACUGCUCAGGAAAGUUUUCCCAACGCAGUGCCAGUGCCAUACAACUGUGCCCAAUGCCAAGCAAAUAGAGAUAUUUAUAGAUACUUCGGUAGAGUAAACGGUGGCCGUAGUGUAGAUUUUAAAGAUCUUAAGGAAAUUAAAUCUUUAUCAGAAUUAGAAAGCUUAUUAAAGAAUCAAAUCAAACCUCAAAGAAAGAGUUUGCGAAGAAUAGCUGUCCAUCCAAGAGUGCUUGAUGACGUGACAAGUGAUAAGAAAUCAAAAAAAAGUAAUGAAAACUUAAGAAAACCAUCAGCGGUA